CGGUGCGUGGGUGUGUCUGUGUCUAUGUAUAAAUGCGUAAUAUUUUACAUAACGCACGAACAUCCACUAUUGCAAUCAGCAGUAAUCAUGAAACAACUCGGACUCGGAACGACUUAAUUCGAGCUUUGAGUUCUAACCAUAAAAACUUGAACAUAAAAAUUUGUUUAUUUUUAUAAUCAGUCAUCGUUCAGAGGUGUGAAAAAUUCUGAAAAUGGUGCGAGCUUGGUAUAUGGAUACGAGUGAUGCUGAUCAACGUUUGGAACAUCAUCGUGAGCCACAAAAAUUGUUGUCUUUGAAUGAACUUUACGAGGUUUCCGGCGUCGAAUAUUUCAAGAUCGACGCAGACAACUACGCAGCGGACGACGUCCUUUGUGAACUCAAAAAAAAGCGCGGUUACACGUACGAAGAUGAGAUCGUGUGCUCGGAAAAGUGUCUACCAAACUACGAGGAAAAGCUGAAAAUUUUUUUCACGGAACAUUUACACACGGACGAAGAAAUUCGUCUUGUUUUGGACGGAUCUGGCUACUUCGACGUUAGAGACACGAACGACGAAUGGAUCCGUAUUGAAGUAACUAAAGGAGAUUUGAUUAUUAUACCGAGUGGAAUUUAUCACAGAUUUACUCUUAAUGUCAAUAAUUUUAUCAAGGCAAAGAGAUACUUCAUUGGUGAACCAGUCUGGCUGCCUUACAACAGACCAGCUGAUGAAAUGGAUUGUCGUCAGCAAUAUCUCGACCGAGUAAAGCAUGGAUUUAGGAUCGAUAUGAAUUGACAAAGAAUUAUUUCCCACGGGGGACCACUGACCGAAUCGUUUCGCGAGCAAUUUACAAAGUGAACUUCCAAAAACCUUCCAGAAUAUCCAGAACUUUGACAAUCGUGUAUUGAAAAGUUCAUAAAUCAAUAAACAAAAAGUUUUCUCCAUCAGUAAA